AUGUCUUCGGCUGGAUCUCUGAUCCAACCAACCAUAUCCAAUGUCUUCUGUCAAACAAACGAGGAUGCUUUGAUGAUUGUAGAACUUAUUCUGCAGAGGCAACUGUUCACUGUGCAAAGGCGCGCACAGGAUAGGGAGAGGGCUUCGGCUGUCCAAUCGGGAAAUGUCUUCGUCUUCGAACAUACCGAUACCGGGAUAAAGCGAUGGACCGACGGUGUUCACUGGAGCCCAAGCAGGAUACUGGGGAACUUCCUGCUAUACAGAGAGCUAUCGCGACCAUUCCCCCCGGGACAAAAAAAGAGGGCCCAAAGGAAGAAUACCACAAAGGCUAGAAGGCCUCCGAAUGCCGACCCUAUGGAAGAUCCUCAUCAACAGUUCCACCCCAUUGGUAUGGAUCCGGCAAGAGCUGGUCCUCCGGGCGAUUCUGAUCGCUCCUUAGUAGGCUCUUUGAUCGAUUCAUAUGAUUUCAAGAUGAACGGCCUGGUGAAGAAGACAAUCAGCAUACAGGACGAGAACAACCGACAAUUCCAUUUGAUCUCAUACUAUAUUCCUCAAGAUGUCCUUGAUAACCGACUCACCAGACCGACUGAGAUUUCAUCCUAUGCCCAUAUUCGACCGCGUAGUACUCUCUUCAUAUCCUCUUCGUUAAGACAGCCGACAUCGGAUGUUUCCAGGAGGCCUUCGUUUAUCGAUGAUGGAGCCGACGCAAUGUUUGAGGCGCAGACUGAUGAGGAUGAUGAUUCCUCUCCUUCGAAAAUCGGGUCAUAUGGCCGACAUGAUCCACACCAUCCACACGCUUUCCUUCCUAGUAGCUUCCCAGGUGGCCCGUCUGACUACAAUUAUAUGCAGUCCCCAGUCAACUACUUCCCUCCAACAGGCAGUCCUCAUGGCUAUCCCGGUGAUAUUGGGCAUCAAAGUGAUCCAAUGAAAGUUGAGGAGUAUGAAAUUGGCCAUGGUAGCCACAAUCCUAGGUACCACCCGCCGUACCAACCAUAUACUACAAGCCUAAGCAGCGCCCCUGUUAGCGCUCCACUUUCCCUUCCUGCUCAAACCGAAACCGUCACCUCACAAAGUUGGUCUGGAAGCCCUUAUUCUGGUUUUCAAUCAUCUCCUCUUAAUACGAGUGCGUUGUCGGGAAGUGCACCAUACCGAUCCACCUACUCGACUGUCGGGGCAGCCCAUUAUGAUCGUCCAAUGGUUCCUAGCCCGGCCGCUUCUAACUAUAGCUCCGCUUCUUCGACUGCAUGGACCCAGCCAAUAUACGGCACUCACAGUCCUCAACCCGGGCCACAGCAAAUGCAAGAUCGGAGUCGGUUUCCUCAGGAGAAUUUCGUUGGCUGGACAUCCUCGCCCCAAUCAGCACCGGGGCAAAGAACAGGCACAGUGAACGACGAAGACGUCCUCCAUCCCUAUCCCCCUCCACAGUGGACCGGCCAGUAA